CUGCAGAAGCUCUGGGAGCAUGUUGAAUUCGGCCAUGUUGGACGCAAGGGUCUGCGCACCGGAAAAGGAUUGGAAUUGAAUUGCAAAUGGGGCACUUGCGAGGUUCGCUGCAAGAGACGGUGCUACAUCCUCAGCCACUUGAGGGUUCACAUUCCCCACAAGCAGUGGCCCUGUCCCGUUUGCCUCAAGGAUCCGGCCGCGGCGAACUACGGCCCGAAGGUUUUCAAGCGCAACUUCGAUCUGGGAAAGCAC